UUUUUAAUUCCUCAAAGCGUUGAUAUAUUUAUCUUCAUCAUUGCAUUCCUUCCAACUCACAUCUUCUUCCCCUCUUUCCAUGAGAGAUAAUCAACUUAUGAAUGGCUCUUAAUUGGGAUUUCAAGGUGAUUUCUAGUUCCACAAAGCAUGUUAUAGUUAUAUUUGUUUCUUUAAUAGUGUUGAGCACUAGAGCAAGCUGUGACGAUUCUCUACAUGCCAUCAAGGGGAGCAACUGUUUUGAGAGUGAAAGAAGAGCUUUGAUUGCCAUCAAGAGCGAUAUGUAUGAUCCUGGCGAGUGGUUAUCUUCAUGGACCGGCUAUGAUUGCUGCAAGUGGAGAGGAGUUGCUUGCGACAAUGUUACAGGCUAUGUCACGAGGCUUGACCUUCACUAUCCCUAUGAAUAUAUUCCAUGGAUGGAGAGUAUUGGUGCAAGCAAGGUAAAUGCUUCUUUGUUUGAACUGAAGCAUUUGAGAUACUUGGAUUUGAGCUUUAAUAACUUCUCAUAUGCGCAUGUACCUGACAUGAUUGCCUCACUUGUGCACUUGGAAUACCUUAACCUCUCCAAUACCUUUUCCCGUGGAUUAAUUUCCCCCCUAUUGGGGAACCUUUCCCACUUAAAAUACCUCGACCUUGAAAAUUGUUGGUCAUUUACAAUGUUAUUCACACAUGACUUAAGUUGGCUCUCCAACUUAAAUUCUCUACACUAUCUCGACAUGAGUUGUGUCGACCUCUCUAAAGCAACCAAUUGGCUCCACCAAAUUAAUUUGAUUCCUACUCUACAAGUUUUGCUUUUGAGGGAUGCAAGUCUCCCUCGUGUCCCACAUUCUUUACCCACAUUUAACCUCACAUCCCUCACCAUACUCGAUCUCAGUGGGUAUGAAUGGGCCAUUAGUGCUUCAAUGUUGAGGUGGUUGUCUAAUGCCAGUAAUCUCGAACACCUCGAUCUAUCUAAAUGCUCGAGGGUGUUUGACUUCGAGGGGCUAGCAGUUGCUUUGGGAGCUCUACAUAAUUUGAGGAAGUUAGUUUUGUUUGGAAAUAAAAUAGCAGGAGAAAUUUCUACAAUUCUGAAGAAUGUUAGCAGAAUGUUGCAAUAUUUAGAUUUGCGAUGGAAUUCAUUGUUAUCUGGAGAAAUUUCAACAAUUCUGUCCAUCCUUCCGCGCCGACUGGAGUUCUUAGCAUUACACGAUAAUAACAUCUAUGGGAGAAUCCCAGAGAUGUUAGGGGAUUUCACAAGCUUGAGACACUUGAGUAUGUCCUACACUCAAAUAACUGGAGAUAUUCCGAGAACAAUAGGGAAACUUAUCCAUUUGGAGUAUCUUGAUUUGUCUAAAAAUCAUAUAACAGGAGAGUUGCCAGUGAACGUAGGAAACCUUACAAAUUUGGUAUUUCUAUAUUUGUACGAAAAUAAUAUCACAGGAUCAAUACCAGAGGGUGUUAGCAAUUUUGUUUCCUUGGAGGAAUUAGAUUUGUCAGAAAAUAACAUUACUGGAGAAAUACCAAAAGCGUUGGGGAAUCUUCAAAAUUUAGUGAAAUUAGAUUUGCAAGCCAACGCUAUCAAUGGACAAAUACCAGACACUAUUGGUAAAAUUUCCACCUUACAGUAUCUAGAUGUAUCAAAGAACCAUUUAACAGGAGAAAUACCAAAAACGAUUGCUAGAAUUUCCACCUUGCAGCAUUUGGAUGUAUCAGAAAAUCACUUAACAGGAGAGAUGCCACUGAAACUAGGAAACCUUACAAAUUUGGUAGUUCUAUAUUUGAGAGGAAACAAUAUCACAGGGCCAAUACCAGAGAGUGUAGGUAAUUUGGUUUCCUUGGAGGAAUUGGAUUUGUCUAGAAAUAAGAUUACCGGAGAAAUACCAAAAAGUUUAGGGAGUCUUCAAAAUAUGUUAAGAUUAAAUUUACACGCCAACUUUCUCACUGGGCAAAUACCAACAACGAUUGGUAGAAUUUCCAACUUGGAUUAUUUGGAUGUAUCAGAGAACCACUUAACAGGAGAAAUACCAAAAACAAUUGGUAUAAUUUCCACCUUGAGGUAUUUGAAUGCAUCAGAAAAUCACUUGACAGGGCAAAUACCAAAAACAAUUGGUAGAAUUUCCAACUUGUUUCAAUUGGAUAUAUCAAAAAACCACUUAACAGGAGAAAUACCAAAGGCUUUUGGUUGCCUAUGCAACCUAGGUGUCCUACAAUUGUCAUUGAACAAUAUCAAUGGAGAGUUAACAGAUCUACUUGAUGGCUUAUCUAAUUGUUCAGAAGGAGGAAUGUUAUCAAACUUACUUAUUGCUGGCAAUAAUUUGAGUGGAAGAAUUCCAUCUAGUCUUCUAUUGUUAGCUCACUUAGCGGAAUUGGACCUCUCCUCGAAUUCUCUGCAAGGCACAAUUCCCGCCAAUUUAUCUGCUCUAAUCUUUCUCAGCCACUUGAAUCUCUCUUUCAAUAAGCUGUCGGGAAGAGUCCCCACAUGGAAUCAAUUUUCAACCUUCAAUGACCCUGCAAUAUAUACCGGCAACAAGGACCUUUGUGGUUGGCCACUACCUGAGUGUCCUAGUGAUGGUAAUGGCGGCAAGCUUGAAAUAGUUCUGGAUUUUGCCUUCGUUGCUAUGGGAUUUAUACUUGGAUUUUGGGCAUAUUGGGGCACAAUGAUCAUGAAAAAGUCCGUCAAAAUUGCUGUCUUCCAGAUGGCGGACAGGAUUUACGACUGGAGCUAUGUGCAACUCGCAGUGAAGUUUGGAAGGUGAAGGGAGGAGCAAAGUUGAACUUGAAAGCCUUAUUAUUUGCUGAUUAUACUUUCCCAUCAAAGAGAAACUCUCCAGCUUAUAUGCUGCUCUACUAGCUAGAAUAUGAAUAACGGUGCAAUCAUUUGAUGUUGUGUGAAAUAAGGAAGUAUUUGAAAACUAUAUAUAUAUUAUUAUGAAGGUCCGAGUCUAUUAUGUAUUUGUAGAACAAUUCGGGACAUUGUUCCACUUUUCAGUUUGCCUGAUGAUAUUUGUAUUA